AAAUAAGCUACACAAACAAAAUUAUCCCCACACCUCCUCCCUCCUCCACCUCCACCUCCACCUCCAUCUCCACCACCACCACCACCCCCCACCACCUCUCUCCUUCCUCCAAGACCACCAACCUCCAGCCACCAUGGCGGACAAGGAGCAGGUUAGACCGCUAGCCCCUGCCUCUAUCCGCCCUCGUAGUGAUGACGAAGAAACCGCCCUAUACCUUAAAAAAUCACACCGAACAAAGUGCAUCAAGUGUUGUGGUUGCAUAGCUGCUCUCUUUGUCAUCCUUGUCAUAGUACUCAUAAUCUUGAUUUUCACAGUUUUCAAAGUCAAAGACCCCAUCAUAAAAAUGAACAGUGUCAAGGUCAAUAAGCUCGACCUCAUCACCGGCACGACGACGCCACGCCCGGGUUCUAACAUGUCCUUGACAGCUGAUGUCUCGGUCAAGAACCCUAACGUUGCGUCGUUUAAGUACAGCAACACCACGACGGCGCUAUACUACCGGGGGACGGCGAUUGGGGAGGCUCGGGGCCCACCAGGCCAGGCCAAGGCCCGAAAGACCAUGAGAAUGAACGUGACUGUUGAUAUCAUCAUGGAUACGCUUACUUCAAACCCCAAUUUGCAAAGUGAUUUGAACUCUUCUGGGCUUUUGAGUAUGACAAGCUUUACUAGGGUUGGUGGGAGAGUGAAGAUAUUGAAGAUCAUCAAGAAACAUGUUAUUGUGAAGAUGAAUUGUACUAUGUUUAUCAAUCUUACAAGCCAGGGUAUUCAAGAAAUGAAUUGCAAGAGAAAAGUCAAGCUCUAGCUAUGGUAUAUUUGGUUAUUUGUUUGUUGUGGUUUAGAUUUUAGAAGCAGUAUUGUAGAGUUAUUUUCCAAACCCUACUGGUUUGAAAUCUCAUUUCUAGUGGUUUUAAUCUUAUUUUCAAACUCAUGUUGUUUCACGAAGUUCUGAUUUUAAAAUAUAAUUUUGGUGUCAAAAUUUUAUUUUCAAAAUACACUAUAAGAAGGUUACUAUAAAGUUUUUUGAAAUUGUGUUUUUAAAAUACAACUUUUUGGUGAAAAUAAAAUUUUGAAACCAUGAAUUUAGUAAAUAAUGUGAGUCUUAAAAUUAAGUUGAAAACCACUCAUGACUGAGAAAUAAGAUUCGAAACCAAUUGA